AAUUUGACAGGAAGUGAGCAGUUCAAGAGCCAGUCGCGAGAAGAUCGAGGUAUAAUAAGAAGCCACGUCAUGAAAACUUGACUGAGGAACCAAACGUUCGUGAAUAAUUGUUGUCAUCGAAAGGGAAUUAUAACACAAGGCGUAUCGUCAGUCGCCACAGGACUUUGGGACUGUUAGUUUGCCUUUAGGCAAUUCGUUGACUGUGGUCGUUUUGCCAAGAUCGUAUGGAAAGAUGUCAGAUAUCGGGGACUGGUUCAAAACAAUCCCGUUCAUCACCCGGUACUGGUUUGCUGGGUCGAUUGCGGUUCCCUUGAUAGGUAAACUGGGACUAAUCAGUCCCAUGUACCUCGUCUUAUGGCCAGAGAACUUCUUUCACAAAUUUCAGGUAUGGAGACCAAUCACCUCCACCCUAUACUUCCCUGUGGGUCCUGGAACAGGCUUCCUCUACCUAGUCAAUCUUUAUUUCCUCUACCAGUACUCUACCAGGCUGGAGACAGGUGGGUUCACACAGUACUCUACUGGGCUGGAGACAGGUGGGUUCACACAGUACUCUACCAGGCUGGAGACAGGUGGGUUCACACUGUACUCUACCAGGCUGGAGACAGGUGGGUUCACACAGUACUCUACCAGGCUGGAGACAGGUGGGUUCACACAGUACUCUACCAGGCUGGAGACAGGUGGGUUCACACAGUACUCUACCAGGCUGGAGACAGGUGGGUUCACACAGUACUCUACCAGGCUGGAGACAGGUGGGUUCACGCCAGGUCACAGAAGGUGGGUUCACGCCAGGUCACAGAAGGUGGGUUCACGCCAGGUCACAGAAGGUGGGUUCACGCCAGGUCACAGAAGGUGGGUUCACGCCAGGUCACAGAAGGUGGGUUCACGCCAGGUCACAGAAGGUGGGUUCACGCCAGGUCAGAGGCUAGCUAGGCUGACAGUCUGCCAGCUCUCAUUUGCAGUUGUUAUGUUUGAGGCCAAACCAGUCUCUGUUUCUCUGGACAGCCAAACCUCCUGCCUGCUAGUGGCCGAGCUACAGUCUAUAACCGGCUUAAUGAUGGACAUGCAGCUCCUGAUGAUCCCGUUGAUAAUGUCCGUCCUGUACGUGUGGGCUCAGCUGAACAGAGAAACCAUUGUCUCCUUCUGGUUUGGGACACGCUUCAAAGCAUGUUAUCUACCCUGGGUCAUCCUUGGAUUCAACUACAUUAUUGGGGGCUCUGUUGUCAAUGAACUGAUUGGGAACCUGGUGGGCCAUCUCUACUUCUUCCUGAUGUUUAAAUACCCCAUGGACCUGGGAGGCAGGUCCUUCCUGUCAACACCUGACUUCCUGUACCGCUUCCUGCCCAACAGACGAGGGGGCGUGUCUGGGUUUGGAGCUCCACCCAGCAGGAGACCUGCAGCUCCCGAGGCCGGUGGUGGUGGAGGAGGUAUGGGAGGACGUCAUGCCUGGGGAGCUGGCUUCCGUCUAGGGGACGACUGAGGAGACUGUCCUACCGAGUAGCAGGACAAAGACUCUUGUCUCCACUCCUCAAGACUACCGCCGAUGCCCAAAUUAUACAGAAGAAAGCAGAUUGUUUUUGUAUCCAACUCCCCUUCCUUUGAACUGCUCAGAAAAGAGAUGUCUCAGCUGUGGAUAUGAUCAGCAUGUUAUUCUUUCAGUGCUCUCUUUUACACAAGAUGCCAUAUCUGAUUACACUGUAAUUACAGGGCUCCUCCUAACCAGUGUGUUGCCGCAGCCAGCCUUUUCAGAGUGUGGGUUUGGCUAUUUAGAAAAGCAUUGUUCUGGGAGAGAACAGCCGAAGCGCUAAGGACUGAAUUCUCUUUGCUCCUUAAAUAGAACACGGGGCAACAGCAACACUCACGCUGGCUGUGUAGAUAGAGGCUCAUAUAUAAUAACACAAAACAAUAUUUCUUGUUCACCCCCCCGGGGUCUGUGCGGUUGUAUGAUCACACCACACUGAAUGUUUGUCUGUUUUGAAUGGGGGAGUAGGGUCGAAGUUGUGAGGGAUUGAAAAAUGUAAUCUUCAACAUAGUGUAAUGAUGCAACAAUGCAGUUUGUAUUUUGAGAUAAAAGCCUACGGUUUGUGCUCAGACUGUCCCAGUAGAUGCUUUGGAUCCAUAUCAAACUGCAGUGUCAUGGUUCUGUGUCUCCUUUGAUUUAGCUCUGCAACAUGGCAAUUAAAUGAAACUGCAAGAUUUGAUGAAUACCCCCAGUUGGUGUGAAAUGGGUAUCAACUGUUUUCACCGUGAGUGAUUUGCUUGUUGCCAACUUGAUUUUCAUUCAGAAGAUGAACCAGGCUAAAUAGCAGCACUCUGGUCUUGAGGAUGAAUAUUUAGUUAUUCACCAGGGUCAAUUCAACAAGUUAACUGAAAUUACAAUUUGUUUCUACAAUGGAAUUGACCCCGACACACAUGUACAGUGACCCUUGACCUUAUACCAGAGGAUGUCUUUCAGUUGAGUAUCUUAUGAUUUUAUUAUUUUUUUUUUUGGCUGGGUCUGCUUCUCUAACUUUUGUACAAUGCCAUUUUGUACUUGAGUAAACAGAACGUAACAACUUCAGUUUUUGUUGUAUAAAAAAAAUCUUUGAACAUUG